AUGGCAGCAACCCAUUUCCUGCUCCAGUGGAAGGUCGAGUGCCAUUUCUUCAACGGGACGCAGCGGGUGCGGUUCCUGGACUGGUACAUCUACGACCGGCAGGAGAUCUUCCGCUUCGACAGCGACCUCGGGAAAUUCGUGGCCGUCACUCCGUUGGGGCAGCUGAUUGUGGACAAGUGGAACAGCGAUAAGGCCUUCAUGCAGUACGAGAAGACCGGAGUGGAUGUCUUCUGCCGACACAACUACGAAGCUGCCCAGAGAGAUUCUGUGGUUGGCCGGAGAG